GGGCCGGGAGGGGCGAGGGGGUGACAGGGUAUAGAGAAGGCUCCAGGCACCAACCACUUAGAGCAGUGGAGGGGCGGGGAGGGCAGCAAGAGGCUUCUCUAGUUAGUGCCCCACGUGGGACCACGUGAUUGGAGAGAUCCCGCCCUAACCCUUCAGAGCCAGGUGUUCGAAUCCCGUCUCCAGAACAGGCGGCGUCCCAUUCCCGUCGGCGCGAGGCGCCAGAGGACCCGCCCUGGGGCUCAUGGCAGCGCAGGUCCGCCUGGGCCGGAAACGCCCGCUGCCGGUUUGCCCCAACCCCCUCUUCAUACGCUGGCUAACCGAAUGGCGGGACGAGGCAGCCAGUAGGGGGCGCCGCACGCAAUUCGUGUUUCAGAAGGCUCUGCGCUCCCUCCGGCGGUACCCACUGCCCCUGCGCAGCGGCAAGGAAGCUAAAAUCCUACAGCACUUCGGAGACAGGCUUUGUCGUAUGCUGGAUCAGCGGCUGCAGCAGCACAAAGCAUCCGGCGGUGACCAUGCCCCGAGUUCACUGUCUGGAGAGAAGAGUCCAGCCCCAGAAGGGCCAUCUGCCAGAGCCCAGGACUCUUCCGUGCCUAUUCCAGCCCAGCCCAGAGCAGGAGGCGGUGGCAGUUACCGGCCCGCUCGGCACUCUGGAGCGCGGGCAGUCCUGCUGCUGCUCUACAGGGAACACCUGAAUCCUAGUGGCCGUAGCUUCCUAACCAAGGAGGAGCUGCUGCAGAGAUGUGCCCAGAAAACCCCCAGGGUGGCCCCUGAGAGUUCUCGACCCUGGCCAGCCCUCCGCUCCCUCCUCCACAGGAACCUGGUUUUCAGGACACACCAGCCAGCCCGGUACUCACUGACCCCAGAGGGUCUGGAGCUGGCCCAGAAGCUGGCUGAGUCAGAGGGCCUGCACUCGCUGGAUGUGGGCAUCAGACUGGAGGAGCCCCCUGGGGAGGAGCCAGAAGUGCCAGGAACAGCCUCCGCUGAACUUGGCGCCAGUGAAGGGAGUGCCCAGCAGCUGUCACUGGAGCUCAGGCCUGGAGAGUACAGGGUGCUGUUGUGUGUGGAUGUUGGCGAAGCCAAGGGGGCCGGACACAGGCAAAAGCUGCUCCUUGAGCUACAGCGGCUGCGUGUCACCCACAUAGUGCGCAAGCUGCAUGUUGGGGACUUCGUGUGGGUGGCACAGGAGACCAGGCCCAGAGACCCCGCGAGACCCGGGGAGCUGGUCCUGGACCACAUCGUGGAGCGCAAGCGGCUGGACGACCUAAGCAGCAGCAUCAUAGAUGGCCGCUUCCGCGAGCAGAAGUUCCGGCUGAAACGCUGCGGCCUGGGGCACCGGGUAUACCUGGUGGAGGAGCACUGCCCAGCGGACAACCUCAGCCUUCCAGAGAGCACACUGCUGCAGGCCGUCACCAACACGCAGGUCAUCGAUGGCUUCUUUGUGAAGCGCACGGCUGACAUUAAGGAGUCCGCUGCCUACCUGGCCCUCAUGACGCGGGGCCUGCAGAGACUGUACCAGGGCCAUACCCUACGCAGUCGCCCCUGGGGAACCUCAGGGGACUCUGAUUCAAGGCCUGGGCCCUCCCCAAAUCCUCUCUGCUCGCUCCUCACCUUCAGUGACUUCAAUGCAGGAGCCAUCAAGAACAAGGCCCAGUCGGUGCGCGAGGUGUUCGCCAGACAGCUGAUGCAGGUGCGAGGUGUGAGCGCGGAGAAGGCAGCAGCCAUAAUGGAGCGGUACAGCACCCCUGCCAGCCUACUUGCCGCCUAUGAUGCCUGUGCCACCCCCAAGGAACAGGAGCUGCUGCUGAGCACCAUCAAGUGUGGCCAACUGCAGAGGAAUCUGGGGCCCGCUCUGAGCAGGACCUUGUCCCAGCUCUACUGCAGCUGUGGUCCCCUGACCUGAGCCACGCCACAAGGCCGUCUCCAGCCCCCACCCCCACCCCCACCAGCUAGCCGGCCUUUUAAUCGGAUCUUUUGGGCUGCAAUAAAAAUAUAAGCAUUUGCA